AUGGCUUCGGGACCCGGCCCUGGAGGCCAGCGAAUUAAACAAGAGCCAAGCCCAAUACCUAUGCUCAAGCCAGACCCCGAUGCCAAACCUGAAACCUCUGGGCCCGUAUCCGACGAUGAUAUAUACGAAGAUACUGGAGAUUUGGAUUUUUCUAAUUCAAUGCAAGAUGUUUGGUUGACCCGUAUACCGAAAAUGCUUUGGGAAAAUUGGUCAAGGCUCGAGGAUGAUGAGGAAGUGCAAAUCGGCAGCAUCAGGGUGGAGGGCGGCCCUACGGACAUUAAACGUGUUAGCAUGCGCCUUAAUGACAUACCCCAAAUGAAAGGUGUUCCAAAAGAUUACAACCUGCGACGACAAAAUGUCAAUCCUGAUAAGUCAGCCUAUGCGGUACAGAACACAUUCAUUUUCACCGAAAAGGACCUACCGGGAUAUCGGGACAGGACGCAUCUACUGUUUAAUGAAGCGCAGCCGCAUGGAAGAUCAUACCUAUAUGAGCAGACAAAAAGAGAGUCUAGGAAACGAAGCAAUCGCAAGAAAUGGGAACCCUACACUCGGAAAACAAUACCAAAAAAUGAGGAGUAUCAGAGAAUGGCUGAAGCUCGGGCACUUGACGUUCUUAAACCCAAGCGCGAAACAUUAUAUAUUGGCAAAGUCAGCGGUGAGAUGCUUAAACCUAAGACCGUUGCUGCCGCCGAUAAAUCAACUUUUAUUCAAGUUGCCAAACCUCCUAAAGUGCGCGCUCAAGAGAAUAAGACGGCGCGCAUGCCCCAAAAUGAGCUUCUAGAUCUUAUCUAUGGCUGCUUCCGACAACAUAAAUACUGGCCAUUCAAAUCUCUCAAAGCAGAACUCAAGCAGCCCGAAGCUUACCUCAAGCAAACCUUGGAAAUGGUAGCCCAUCUUGUCAAAAGCGGGGAUUUUGCCAUGACAUGGGAACUUAAGCCAGAAGCCAGGGAAAGCAACUACGCAGACGCCUUGGCGUACAGAGAUGCUAAGGAGGAACUCCCGCCUACAGCGGGUUACAAUUUCGACUCGGAAGGAGAGCCAACUGCUUCGGGUGUUGGUACUGAUAUGGACGAUGAUGACGCGAAUGUUUCGUUUGAGAAUGUAGUAUAG